GCCUCUACGGCAAGAAUCAUGAAUCAUGAAUCAUGACAACUUGCCUGCUUUUGAGUCUCGCGGAUACCGUCAAGAACCUACCAACAUCCCUGCCAACCCCUUCAUUGACUCCAGCACCAUCCACUCCUACUUCAACCCUCACACCGUCAAUCCCGCCUUCGACCCCUUCUUCGCCUCUGGCAAGAUCGAUCCCUUCUUCUUCCCGCAACGCAUGAUUGAACAGGAGAAUAACCCAUUUCUUCACCAUUAUAAUGUCGUGCCGGAUACUACCGAACAGACACCAAUAGUAUUUCAAAGCGACCAAGUAUCCCUUCACUCACCGACACUUCCCACAAGAAGUAACACAGAGGGAUUGAAACGGAGAAGGGGAAGGCCAAUAUUAGGGGACCCGGCGAGUCAAGAUCCAAAGGACCGCCGUCGAAAGAAGAUUCGCGAUGCCCAACGAAACCUUCGAGAUCGACAGACAGAGAGAGAAAACAAAGCGACACGAGAACUUGAAGUGGAAAUGGAAGGGUUCCGAGGAAGGAAAGCUGCCUGGUACAAAUUGGAGGGGUUUCCUGAGAUGGAGGAUCUUCGACAAAUCGAUCCCAAACUAUUCAGUGACAUCAGGGGCAUAAUCAGCCGGACAUCCACUCUACCUUAGUCGAACAAAUGACCUCCCUGUGG